UAUCAGGAUCAGCUGCCGCAGGUCGAUCUGUCGCCGGUUGUAGUUGAGCGGGACUUGAACGGCGAUGAACCUGCCAACAGAGCCCCGGGUUGAAGAUGGACGCCGUGCACAGCAUCACGUCCAUGGUCAUCAGGGCAUCACACAGCACCGUGCUCAGGGACCACACACCUCCCUGGAACUGGAAAGAUCCUGGGGUCAGCAGAUGCCUUUAAAGUGACAGAGAACACCUCCGUGCCUGGCCGCCUCAGCCACUCCCAGUUCCUCCAGACAAGCAGCCCAAGGCCGAGCGCUCCUCCCAUGGCACGAUGCUCCCAGCACAGCAGUGGCACAGCAGUGGCACACAGGAGUCAGCCCCGUGCAGGAGCUCACAGUCUGCCCAGGGCUGGCUGGAGAACUGAGCCCACAGAGCGUCAGCACGGCCAGCUUGGUCAUCUUGGCCAGGGGCACAGCUCUGCACAGCCCGUGGCAGAGGACAGGCAGCAGGACAGGCAGCAGGACAGCAAUGGCUGAUGCUGGUACAGCCAGAGACUACUUGCAGCAAUUUGUUUCAUGGAGCGCUCAUCUCACCCAGAGAGAACCACUCAGCCUCAGGAGCUGCUGGCCCGGCCCGGGGCAGACGUCCCGGGGCACCUCCACUCGGUGUGUUUGCGGCUCGGACGGCGGGGCAGCCCCGGGACCCGCCCGUGGCCCCGGUGGCACUCGCAGAGCUGGGAGUGAUGCAAGGAAAUGCCUCCAAGCUGCUCCCCGCUGGCAGCAGCGUCACCAUCAGCUCAGGGCCUGGGCAGGGCUCACCUGCAGACACACAGAGACAGCCCCAUGCCCACAUGGCCUCGCACAGAACUUGGACUUACCCUGCAGAGCUCCAAGUGCUGAUUUUGGAGAGUCUGUCUGCAUCCUCCCUCUGGUGUUGGUCAGGAUAUGCAGCUUUGUGAUGAAACCCUCUCUUUUCCAAAAUGCAGUUUUCUGUCUUUACCUCCACCACAGAAAAAGGAGGAAGGCAGGUGUGUGGAUACGGCUCCUGUGUGGUCCUUGGGGAAAGAUUUCAGGAGAGGACAUGGUUUCCAUGAUGACAACUCUGUGGCAAGUCAUUAUUCCCAUGAUUGUCCUGUCCCACUUCUCAGCAUCUCUGCCAUCCCGGGAGAGUCCCCCCAGGAUUGAGCGACACGCUGACGGGCUCUUCCACAGUGAGCUCAGCAAGAUGAACGGCAACGCCUACGUGAGGCAGCUGGUCAAACACCUGGUGGGCCUCAAGGAGAGGUCCCAGAGGCACUCGGAUGGGCUGUUCACCAGCGAGUACAGCAAGAUGAGAGGGAACGCCCAGGUGCAGAAAUUCAUCCAGAACCUCAUGGGCCGCAAGCGCAGCUCUCCUGGCCCGGUCAACACAGAUGUGCAGGAGAGAGAGGGAGAGAACAGCCCUGCAGAGCUUUGCUUUCUCCGGUUGUACCAGAGCUUUCUGAACACCAGCCUCUCAGACAGAGAUGCCCAGGAAGCUGCUGCCAUCACCAGCCGGUACUUUUGCCCCAUCUCUAAGCCACUGGUUGCAGACAUGAAGGAAGAUACAGAUGGUUCUGCCUGAAGGUGAAGGGAAAAAAACAGCCAAGGAGACAGCUUUGCAUGUGUAUGGCCUUGAAAAUAAACAGGGAAGCACUUGAAUUUGCUUAGGAAAAACUCCUGAGAUUGGCAAAUAAAUAAAAAUAAUCGUGGUAAGCAGCCAAAACCUGAUGAGACCUCUUAGAUUACCCAAAGUGAAAUGUGUGUGGGUGUGACCUGCUGUCAGUAGAUGGAGCCUGGGUGAAGCACAUCCCUUCCAUUGUGUGUUGGCAUCUGGCUGCCUGCUGCUGCUCCCAAAUAAAGAUUGAUUAGCUAUGCCUGUGCCUUGGCUCCUCUUCGGGAAACUGGAAGAAGGGUGGUACCUUACCCUUGGAAUGCAGGGUCUGGGGAGGAGCACUGUGCCGGGAUCCCCUCACACCAGGCACAUUGGAAUGCUCACCAUCCAGCUGUGCACAGAGUCAGAAUCCACGGAGCAGGAACUCAGCCAGGUGUUAGAUUCUGUGGCAAAGAAAUGUUCUGAGAGCUACACAACAGAGAUACUCACCGUAAAUGUUGUUUCCGCUCCAUUCUGCCCCUGGAUUUGCUGGCCCAGCUUUCUCAGAGCCACUAAAAACAGAGCUCCAAGUGGAGGAAUUUGUUCCCACCACUUAACGAGGUUUACAUGCUGUUGACAUGCAGAUUCCCUCCUCUGAUAAAACAGCCACUCCAGCUUUCCUG